AUGAAGCUUGUUGCUUCGAUCACUGCUGUCAUUGCGACUUUUGCCCUGACCGCGUCUGGUAAUGUUACCAAAGGUCGACCAUGGGGCUACCGACAAAAUUCCAAUAUGGUGCACCCCUCCCAGUGGGCCGAUAACUGGGAGUCCUGCGGUAACGCGCGCCAGUCUCCCAUUAACAUCGUCUCGACUGCAAAAUCCGUCAAAGUCAAGAGUCUUCCGCUUCGCUUUAGCGGACGUUGUCACGAGUACAAUCUAUCAGCUCCUCAAGAACCGCUCGAGGCGGACGUUGUUAGAGGUAACUGCACUGUUUCGGUGAAGGGAGCGGCCUAUAAGAUGGCACAGUUCCACCUGCAUGCUCCUUCGGAGCACACGCUAAACGGCGAACACCUGGACGGUGAAGUCCACUUUGUGCACUUUAAUGAGGACCGCUCGGCAAUUUUAGUAGUGGGCGUCUUCCUUAAAAUUAGCGCCAAGUCAGAUGAAUGGCUGGGUCCUGUUCUUGACGCUCUCGAGCAGGUCAACUCCACUGAGCGCUCCAGUGCGAUGAUGGUGAAUCUGUAA